AUGUCGAAGGCAAUUGUUAAAACUACCUUCGAGGCGUCUCGCACGAUCCGCCCCAUCUAUACCGGUGGCAGCACGGCGCUGGAUGCCAGCGGCCGUAUCUUGCUGGCCUGUGUGGGCGAAGACGCUUUGAUCGUCGAUUUGGAGACUGGUGACCAGCUUGCCAGUCUGGAAGGAGAUGGAGAAAUCAUCACGAGCUUGGCGAUUACGCCAUCCGCUUCGCAUGCUGUUGUCUGCUCCCGUUCGAUGUCCAUGCGCAUCUAUUCCUUGUCACCAUUCGAUGAAGCUUCUAAGGCCAUCGAGGCGAAGCUUGUCCGGUCCCUCAAGCCCCACACUGCGCCAGUCGUGACAACUGCAAUUGACCAGACCAGCACCCUUCUGGCUACAGGUGGUGCUGACGGUGCCAUCAAAGUCUGGGAUAUCCGUGGAGGCUAUGUGACGCACACUUUCCACGACCGUGGUGUCAUCUCCGCGCUCUGCUUUUUCGAGGUUUCCGCUGCGGAGAACGAAACAAAGUCUUCUUCCAAGAAGUCUAAGCGCAAGGUAUCCGGAGACGAUGACGAAGAGAUGGACGAGGCUGCUUUGCAUGCUACGGACUCUACAGCAGGGUUCCGAUUGGCCAGUGGUAGUGAAGAGGGUAAAGUGCGCGUUUACGAUUUGCACAAGAGGAAGUCCAUUGCGUCGCUCGACUCGCACGUUUCGCUCGUGCGCAGUUUGUCAUUCUCCUCCACCGAGAACGCGCUUCUUUCUGCCUCUCGAGACAAGACUGUGAUUAUCUGGGACGCUCGUACCUGGAAGACUAGGAGAAUCAUCCCCGUCCUUGAGAGUGUGGAGGCUGCAUCCUUCAUUCUGGAUAGCGGAGUUUGCGUGAUUGGUGGAGAGAAUGGCAAAUUGCGCGCUUUUGAUGUCAACCGCGGCAGCGAGAUCACGGAGGACCAAGAGGCAGGAGAAGACUUUGAAACCAUUGUGGCUAUUCAGUACUCACCUGGUCUGCCCUUCAUUAUGACUGUGCACGCAGAUCAGACUAUCAGACUUCACUCGGUCGAGUCUUUGUCGGAUUACAAACCCGGCUCGACGUUAAAGCCAUUGGCCAUCAUACGUCGCAUCUCCGGAAACGAUGAUGAGUUCAUUGACCUGGCUUUUGUUGGUGGUGAUCGGUCAAUGCUGGCAUUGGCUACCAAUACUGAGGGCAUUCGAAUUGUCUCCGUUGCUCCAUCGGAAGAUCGGCCUUCAGCUCAGGGCGAGGAAUUCUUUGGUGCUGAUAUUGCCCAUCUCGAGGCUCACGACGAUAUCAUUAUCUGUCUUGACGUGGAUUGGUCUGGGCACUGGCUUGUUACGGGUGGCAAGGACAAUAAGGCCGUUCUUUGGCGUAUUGACCCUAAGAACAACGCCUAUACUUGUUUUGCAACCUUGACUGGUCACGCUGAGUCAUUGGGAGCGAUCGCUCUGCCGCGGGCUCCGCCCCCGGUUGACAGCGCAGCUUAUAAAGAUCCGGUCAACCAUCCACCUCCGUUCCUUGUUACAGGCUCUCAGGAUAAGACUGUGAAGCGCUGGGACAUUGGCAAGCUGGGCCCACUCAAUGGCGACAAGCCGCACAACCUUAAGGCAAUCUACACACGACGCGCUCAUGAGAAGGAUAUCAACUCGCUUGAUGUCGAUGGAACUUCCUCCCUCUUUGCAUCCGCUUCCCAAGACAAGACUGUGAAGAUCUUUGAUGCCGAGGACGGAUCUGCUAUUGGUGUUCUGCGUGGUCACAAGCGUGGUGUUUGGGGAGUGCGAUUUGCGCCUCAAAAUACGCCCAUCAUUAACUCCGACGCCGGAACUAGCACUAGUCGAGGCCUCAUUGCAACCGGUUCUGGUGACAAGACCAUCAAGGUCUGGAGCUUGUCCGACUACAGUUGUCUUCUCACUUUCGAGGGCCACACAAACAGUGUCCUCAAGGUGAUCUGGCUGCCUCCUCCCCAGGUCUCCAAAGCCAAGAACGACGAUGAUGACGAGGAUGACGAGGAAGUGCCUACCGGCAAGAAUGCCGAGCAGACAAGACCUCUCAUCGCUUCCGCCGCCGCAGACGGCCUGGUCAAGAUCUGGAGCCCAUACACAGGCGAGCUCGAAGCCACCCUCGACAACCACACCGACCGAGUCUGGUCCCUAGCAAGCCCGACUCCCUCUGGCUCGCGCUCCGAUGUUAAGGUCAUAUCCUCCAAGUUCGACUCAACUCCCUACGCCCUGGCCAGUGGCUCCUCCGACUCCACCGUGACCUUUUGGACCGACACCACCUCUGCCACCUACACGGCCGCCGUGCACGCUAACUCCGAACGCGUCGAGCAAGACCAGCAGCUGCAGAACUACAUCCGCGCCGGCGCCUACCGCGAAGCCAUCACCCUGGCCCUUCAGCUCAACCAUCCCGGUCGUCUUCUCUCCCUCUUCACAUCCGCCAUUGACGCAGCUGAUGACCCUACUCUGCCAGCCGAGGAGCGUGAGCGUGCAGCUGGCAGUCUGACUGGUAACCCAUCCAUUGACGAGGUUUUGCAGUCUCUUGACUCUACCAACCUGCGUACACUAUUGCUCCGUCUGCGUGACUGGAACACUAACGCGCGUACCUCUCGCGUGGCUCAGCGUGUUCUUUUUGCUCUGUUCCGGUCUUAUCCCGCCUCGACCUUCGUCGAACUGGCGACCCAAUCUGUUCGCGGAAAGGACGGUCGCGCAGCUGCUGGUUUGAAAGAUAUUCUUCAGGCUCUUGCUUCGUACACGGAGCGCCACUAUCGCCGUGUCGAGGAGCUGUCGGAUGAUAGCUACCUUGUGGAGUGGGUGCUCGGUGAGAUGGACGGUGGUGUAGGUCUUGGUGGUCUUGGCCUGAUGAGUCUCGAUGAGGCUAAGAGCAAUGGAGAGGUGCCAGAGCAUGAGAAGGAUGUGAUCAUGUUGGAGGCUUAA